CCACUCGGCAAAUGACUUAGUUUAGAUCAAUAUUUACUUGUACGCCUUGCUUAACAUCAUAUUGACGACGUCAAGAUUUGCAAUAACGAUAUUUAUGUAGUGGAGUCGAAUGUUAUAUUAAUUGGUCAACUUUGCAGGGUCCGUGAAGCUGCUAUCGGUGUAUUUUUUAAUUUUUAUUAUUUGUUAUUAUUAUUACUAAUGGUUGUUGUUUUCAUUUAGGACUAGUAUAACUAAUUAAAGGGAUCAUCCUUGGAGGGAAUGAAAUGAAGUUAGGCGAGGCAGAGUAGGAGAAGGUUUAGUUUUGGUUUAUAUGUAGAGACAUGUGGCUACUCGCUUUCAUAACCGAGAAGAAAAUAUUUAUUGAAAUUGGUUUUGUAUUAGUUAAGCGACUUUGUAGAUCUAGAAUGUUUCAGUUUAUGCUCCUACCUAUUAUCUGGAUAUACCAAGAAAGAUGUACGAUUGGUUUUGUAUUAGUUAAGCGAAUUGUGAUGCGAUUUUUCUUAGAGUAACCUCUCGCUCUUGGGGACGAAAAAAUAUCUUUAAUAUAUGUUGGCCUCGGACUACAUUUUUAUUUUGGGGUCGAUAAGAUCUAGAUAUCCAAGAACUAGGUGAUUGAAGAUAGAAUUCAUGUGUCCCACUCUACAACACCGCACCAUUAUUAUGUGUAAAUUUUCUUUUAGUCAACAUUAUACAUGUCUACAUUAAAGUUGGAUAUGAUAUGAUGAUUUGAUAAACAACACGAUUUUGCUUUGUUUUUUCUCUUUAGGGUAAAUGAUAAAAAAUGCAAAAUGUUUCAUAAAAAAAUAGAAAAAUUAUUUUUCUAUUGGUAUAACACAACACAUUCCAAUUGCGCUGAUAAUGGAGGAAAUUUACAUCCUGGGAAAAGAUUAAAAAUAACAGAGCAUGAAACAAGAGUACAAGACAAAGACGAGGAUGGCAAAAUUAAAAAAUACAUAUAUUAAUAAAAAAAUAAGAGACACAAUAAUUAUAAAGAAAAAAACGAGCAUUUAUCAUGGCAGUUGGCAAUUUCUCUCCCUUGCUGCCAUCGCUGACCAAACCCAAACCAAAUUAACAACUACGACCAUUUUUUCCCCCAAUUCUCAAUUUCAAGGGUUUGAACCGAACGCCUUUCCUCUUCCGCUGAGACGUAGAAGUCAUCAGGCGUGUGCUGAGCACGGCAGCUGUUUCUUCUUCCCUCGUCGUUUCUCUCUCUGUUCCGUUCCUACAAACCCCGGCCUCUGUUUUCUCUUUAAACCAGAUCAAUAGAUUUUGGAGAGAAGAGGAAUCUACGCCUUCUUUGUUCUCGCAUCUCUUCCACCUAACCCCUCUUCUCAUAUUCCUUGCUUCGUCUCAGCUUUUUCAUCGCCACAUCCCUGUCCCUCGCCGGUCCGAAUUCAUUUUCCACCCUCUCCAGUGCUCUUCCCCUUUUCCGGGUUUACAUUCAAUCGUAAGGUAUGUAAUGCAUUCUUCGACUUGUGCUGUCAGUUUCGUAACCGUCACCGACCUGAUUGCUUCCCCUCUUUUGACUUUAAGAAAUGGGUAUUCUGCUAAUUUUGUUUCUGAGAUCCCUGGCUUGUUCUGGUUGAUGGGUUCUUUGUUUUGUUCGCUUUUCUUCUGUAUAGUUUUGAGGAUUUCUCUCUCUGGGUAUUGACUAUUGAGGAAUUGUGAUCAAUUGAUUCACUUCUUGGUUAAAGUUCAUAAAUUAGCUUGCUUUGCAAGUGUUUUGGGCGCCCAGAAAUUGAUGGGUUUAGGUGGCUCAGUUAUCAAUAAUUUCGCAAGUUGAUUUCACUUGAUUGCGCGGAUGGUAGCUUUUCUGUUGAUUUUGGUCUAGCUCUUUCUGUAAUCAUCAUCGACUGUGUUGAUUCUCGCCAGUCUUCAUCAGCAGUUGCUUUGUCUAUUAUGGAAUUUAUCUUUUAUGGAUUCUAAGUGCUCUGUUGUGAUCUUGGGAUCUGGUCCAGGUUCACUGUGCUUGUCAUUUGAAUUUCCAUUCUAUGUUGUGUGAUUACAUCUUAACUAGUUGUGGUAGUAUAAGCAUCAGUAGUUUUCAUACAGAUCUUCUAUCCAUAUAUGCAAAAAAAAAUUGCGUGAAGUAUCCAGCUUGGGAAAGAUUCGUUGCUUCUUUUGUUCAUUAGCAUGUUGAUGUACCUUAAGUUUGAUGCCUAAAGAAUUGUCAACUUCUGGUGACUUGGUUGAUGUUAUUGCUUACGACCCUGUGGAGAGCAUAGGUACUUGAAGCUUUUUCUUCUUUAUGCAGGUAGCUUUCCGGCAGUAAGAUGGAUUUCUUAUUCAGAGGCUUAAACGAGGACCCUUCCCCGGUAGACAUGCUUAGGUGUCCAUUUUUGAGAAAUAUCAAUGAGCCAACUAAUUUUUCCUUCUCCUCGGCCAUGCCCUUCCCCAUGCAUGGGCGCUCUGGCAAAGGUCCUAUUUUUGAAGAUGGCCCUAAUUUUGAUUCGACAUUCCGGCUAUUCCAUGGGCAAGAUGGAGUAGUCCCACUGUCCGAAAGAUCAUUCCCGAUCUCGGACAGAAUUGAGACCCCCCUGCAAACCCGUCCUGAAUUUAACCCAUUAGCUGCAAAGGCAGCCACGAUCAGUCUCUCAUCUUUUGGCCCUGGUGGACCCUUUAGCUUCGAUGCAUUCUCUAAGAAGUGGAACAACAGUCAGAGCAAAAAGAACUCUAAAUCAUCCAAAAAAGGCUCACAGGGAGGAAGCUCAGAGCACGAGUCGAUGAGCAACGAAUGGCUACAAAACGGGAACUGCCCGAUAGCUAAGUCAUAUCGAGCAGUCGGCAGCGUCCUGCCACUUGUUGCCAAAGCAUUUCAGCCACCACCUGGGGUUAAGAUCAAGUGCCCGCCUGCAAUUGUUGCUGCCAGAGCAGCUAUAGCACGGACCGCCUUUGCAAAGAAUCUUAGGCCACAACCUCUACCCUCGAAAAUACUGGUGAUUGGGAUGCUAGGGAUGGCUGCAAAUGUCCCCCUGGGUGUAUGGAGGGAACACACCAAGAAAUUCUCCCUCUCGUGGUUUGCAGCCGUCCAUGCUGCAGUUCCCGUCCUAGGGAUGCUCAGGAAAUCCGUACUGAUGCCCAAAUCAGCCAUGGCGUUCACCAUCGCUGCAUCGAUAUUAGGUCAAGUUAUCGGUUCAAGGGCAGAACGCUACCGCCUGAAGGCAAAGGCGAAAGCUGGGCAGGAGAUCACUUUGGUCGAAACUCGUGUGCAUCACUCUUCCUCAUCCGUACACCAACAACCCAUUGCUGUGAAAACUGGGCACGGUGGCAAUCUGAUCGAGUAUCCAGUCGCCAUUCAUGGAGCCGGGAUUACUCCUGCAGCUGCCAAUGUGAUCUGCUAAAUGCAUCACCUCUAUCCGAGUGCUUGUUGUUGUGAAGACUUCAAUCACCAUCUUUAUCCAUCGUAAUUUGCAGCAGAAAGGUUGUUUGGUUCGUUCGAUUUUUGUAUUCAAUGACUGGCUGUCAUUUUGGUUAUGCAAGACAUGAUAUUGGAUUAUUGGCGGAGUUGGAGGGAAUAAAAUAAUAAAAAGAUUGGUUUGUAUUUUUAUCUUUAAGAUCUCUUUCGUUUGAUGAAAUGAAGAUUGCCGCCCGGAGUGGUUGAACUGUCAAACGUUAGGUAGCAACUUUGAUGAAAUUGUCUAAGCUGGUUGCCAAGUUGGACUUCUUCAACAUCUUGACGACUUUGUCAGAAAUGUCCUGAUUUGCUAAAUCUCAAAUUGGAAGGAAUCCAUAGUUUGUUUAGUUUUCCGCACCGUGCCAUCCAUACGCUAUCCCUGCACAAUAUGCUUAGAAAUAUAGAAUACAGUAAGAUUAUGAGUACAAAGUUUUUUUUACAGAAUGUUGGAAUUAAAAUUAUGUGUUUGACAUUGGCACAUACGUAUCAUGAUAUAUAAACUGGCCGCAUCCUGAGGCAAUUGGCAUGGUACAUGCAUAAAAUAAUUUUUUAUAAAAAAAUAAAUAGGACAUAUUGUGAUUUUGCAUCAUAUUCUUUGCCUUUCUUUUAUUUAAUUCUAGAAUGAGCACCAAAAGUUUGAUUUUUGUAUCCCAAUAACAAUAUUUAAUGGUGUUUGAUAAGGCAAAAUAGCAGAGUAUUUAAUUAAUAAGUUUAGAAAGUUAGAAACUUAUUAUAAAGUAGAUUCUCUUAGAUAACAAUAUCUUUUAAAUUUAAAUUAUAUGAUUAAAAAUAAAAUUCCAAUUAUAAAUGUAAAAACAUUUGUAUAGCUUUUAUAUCCUAUAAACAAAAUGGAUAGAAAAUAUGAAAGAAAAUAGGAAUAGUGCUCAAGCUUUCUCUAGUUGCUUCUCAUCAAUGGAUUUGUUAUGUAUAUGAGGGAAUGCGCUUCGUUCGGAAAAUUUAUCUAAAAAUCGAUAUCUAAGAUAGUUGAUUUUUCAAAACUCCGCGGACAUGUAAAAAGAGAGAUAUUUUCUUCACUCGAACUAAGAUAUAGAUUUUACUUGUUGAAAUAACAAUUAAGAUAAAACAAUAUUAGGAACAACGAAAUUCUUUAUGAUAAACAAUUUAAAGCGUAUGUUGCACAUGGGUUAAGUACAUAUUAAGCAAGAGUACUUGCACGAUAAAAGCACGGUACGCGUAUGAUCUGACAUGACCCAAAUUGUUACUCUACCACUGUCGGCCGAGCAUAAUUACAAAAUGAGCUAGCACAAUUACACGGAGAUAUGAACAUAAUGCAUGCUAGACGAGUCAUUCUAAUGUGUAAUCGGUAAUGUCUUGACUUUUUCAUGAGAUUGACAUACUACUGAAACCAAAUCUAUCUAAAAAUAUCUUUAAGCGUUUUCCCUAACUGCCUGGUUGGAAUUCAAAUUCUAUUGCUAUACAUGCUUCCACGUUAUCACUUUAACUCCCCUCUCAUCCGAAUCCCCUUCCGUUGUAACUAAUCUACAGGUCUUACCAUAUAUUAAGCCCCUGACAAAUUCUAUGAAACCCGUUCGGCACAAAAACCGUCGCUUCACCCCUGAACUAUUUCACCGCUUUCUGUCCUCCAUCUGCCAGAAUCUGUAAUUGUAAUCUGCUUCCUGCCACCGCAGCCGCUUGCCCUGUCGCCCGCUCUCAACUUUGCCGCCCGGCUGGUGCUCUUCUGCCAAAACUCAUCGUCGCUCUGGUCCGCAUGACUACCCGCUGGCCGUCUCUCUUUUGGUUGUCAUUGCAUAAAGGUUUUUGAUUGCA